AUGGUCUCGCUGUCCGACACCCUCGUGGCGGUCCUGGACCUCAUCCUCAACUCCAUCGACGACCUCAACAAGGUAGAGUACAACAAGAAGGGACGCAAGUAUCGUUUCGUCAACAACACCUUCCAGCGCAUCCGUGAGGAGGAUAAGCACCUCAUCAUCUGUCCCGAGGACCUCAGUCUCAACCUCGCGUUGAUCCUGUCGUACUUCAUCUUGUACAACAUCAACGGAGGCGACAUUUUGUCCCAGUACCCCGACUUCUGUUUGGCCAUCAUGGGCGUCGCUCAGCAGUUGGAACAGCACCAAUGGUACGAGGAGGAAAACUCGCUGGUGAUCCACCUCAAAAACUCCAAAUACAACCCCAUGGCAGUCCAGCAAAUGGCAUUGGAUUAUGCGACUUUGCACCAUCAGAUCGAAGAACGCCACAUUACCAUGGGCCUCAACUUGAUGAUGUGUGCCAAGUUGAACUUCCUCCACACCGACCACCACAUAGGCACCAAGCUCGAGGGCUACUACAUGAAGCACUUCAUCAGCGAGUACUUUGGCGCGGAUGCGUUGGUGGCGCCAGACGUGUUGGUGGCGCUCAAGAGCUUCGUGCACUGGGGAAACAUCAAGGGCAUCUUGUACAAGCUCGAGGUGCCAGACGUGCAAACGACGGCCCAGCUAAGGGCCAAUUUCGCCAAGUUUCCAGACCCCAUGGAAGAAUUGAAGCUCAGUGUGUACGAUAGAUACCCCAGUGGAACCUCCAAGUACUCGUUGAUCCGCAAGUCCAUCGACAUUCUUGGGGACUGGAAGUACUCCAAGUUGGUGCCGUACCCCAGCUUUUACGACUUGAACUGGUUGUACGAGCUCUGCCACAACAUCGAGAAGAACCCCAUCAAGUACCAUCUCCGGUCGUCUACCAAGUCGCUCUGCGAAGACCCCGUCAACCUCACAGAAUUGUCCAACAAACAUAGCACCAACAUCAAGAGCCUCCUCACGUUGAUCUCGCUUAUCAUCAACGUGUUCCACGAGACAGGAGGCGAGUUCUUGUUGCAGAACUCCAAGAUCCCCAAGCUCACCGACGAGUUGAUUGCGAAAAACCGCAACUACUACACCAAGCUCGUGAAGAUCCAGGCGGCGAUCGAGAGCUACGAGGAGAAGGGCUGGGACUCUGACGACAUCGUGUUGCGGCUCAACAAUGGCGACACUGCCAACAACCAGUCGUUCUUUGACACCGUGAUGGCCAUGCGGGAGAAGUACAUUGACGACUAUGAGUAG